AUGCAUUCAGGUAAUUCCCUGGAAGUGACUUCAGUGAAAGGACAGCUCAGAGGGUUAAUUGGUUUGCAGUGUGUCUUUGUUUAUUGCAUGUCUUGGAAAACUUGGAUCCCAAAGUCUUUGGGUUUCAGAGGGGACAGUGGAGACCUUGCUCCUUUUCCUUGGGGACUCCUCUGGGCAGUCCGCCUCUUCCAAAUGGAAGAGGAGGCUGUUUCCACAACUUCUCUGUGGAGACACUCCGCAGAAGAGUCGCUCCUUCCUGAUUUUCAUCACCAUGGCUUUCCCUUUCCCUUCUUCUCAUUCCCUGAUGUGCUAACACUCAAAACUCACAGGAGUCAGAACCAGCACCAGCCAUCAAUGUCAGUGGCAACGAAGGCUUAA